AAAUUUAAGCGGUAGUUUAGAACUGAACAAAGUUUCUUUAAGCUUUAGCAUUACCAAAUAUAAUAAUCAAUUGUCACAUAACUAACAACAUCUGUCCUAUCAUCCCUAACACCCUGGAGGACAACGGGGAGAGUUUAGACGCUCUCCAAGAUUACAUCGACCGCUGUUUCCAAGAUUUAGUCAUGAAGAAGGCCCAGAGUGCAUCUUCCCCGGCCAAAAUUGAGACACCGUCAUCGAAGAGAUGUCGCCCGGCAGACUCCCCCGGCACAACAUCACCUGCCGGCAAAGACAUUGCAGACAUCCUGGAGUCAAUCGACCAACGAUUGUCCAGUUUCGAUGCGAGGCUGUCCCUGGUGGAGAUUUUACACCGGGAAUUUAAAUCUGUGCGAGAAUCCCUGGAGUUCAGCCAGCAGCAAGUGGAAACGCUUGCCGCUGAAAAUGCCACGCUACGGGAGUCGGUCAAAUCUCUCACCGAUAAUGUGACCCAGCUAAACACUGAAAAUAAAAAAAUAAAAGAGUCAGUUAUCGAUCUACAAGCCCGUAGCAUGCGUGACAACCUUGUAUUUUCCGGUAUUCCAGAAUCUGCCGGAGAGGAUGCAGAGGCAACGGUGAAAAGCUUCAUUAAAAUCCACCUGAAGCUGCCGGAGGACACCGUAAAGAACAUUGCCUUCGAUAGAGUGCAUCGCUUGGGGGCCGUGAGGACGCCGGCCGGGAGACCACGUCCUAUUGUGGCCAAAUUUGGCCACUUCAAACAAAAGGAACAGGUGAAAAGCCGCGGGAGGGAAUUAAAAGGAACGGACUUCAGCGUGAACGACCAGUUCCCCAAAGAGAUCCUGGAACGACGCAGGGUCCUGUUCCCAAUCCGACGCAGCUUCAUCCAGAAGGGCUCCCGCGCUGUCAUCGCUGUGGACCGGCUGUACGUGGACGGACAGCUCCACCGCGACCCCGACAUCACUCCGUGGCUGUAUUAACUUCACACCAGAUAAGAAUCCGCUACACCCUUUCCCUAUCCACUCACACUAACUUGCAUUAACUUAACAUUAACAUCUGUUUAACUUACCAGUAUCAAAUCGGCUCAUCUUAAUUUCAUAGCAGAAUUAACACCGUCACUCUCCGUCAACGGUAUGAUUGGAAUGUUUCCGGGUUUGUUUGGUUUUUUUUGUUUUUGUUUUUUUUGCUAUUGUUUUUCUCUCCUUCUCGUUUUUUUUUCUCUUUUUCCCCCUCCUGUUUUUAUGCUGCUCACCCUUGUACUUGGUUUCUUUCUUUAUUUCUUUCACUGCUUCGAUCACCUGCUUCCAGACUCAUCCACAAACUUUAUUUCGACACAUACGCACAGCAUGAUCACGCACAAUCAUGCGCUCA